ACCACUAUAAUAUACCUGUAAAAAGCAUUUAACUUUUCUUUUGACCUUUACAUGGACAAAUACAAUUGAAAGCAUCAACACUAAAUGAAUAGCCCUUGAAUACAAUGUAUUCAACACAAUGGCAAGUGCAUUUGGUUCACAGUACUCUGUGUGAGUUUCCUAUAGUUUUUAAAGCGUUUCAUACUAACAUUUGUAGAUAGUCUAAUGAGCCACAGUAAGCUUCAUCCUAUUGGUCAAACAAAAAACACUCUAGGGGUAGGACUCAAAACAAGCAGAGCCUGAUUUUCCAGGAGUGCAGGGUGAGACAUCAUGGCAGCUGCAGCACACGUUUCCUUCUCUGCAUAUUGUUCCUUAUUGUAAUGCUGUCAGAACAAUAAAGUCGCAGUUUCAACAGACCUCUCAGGAUCUCUAGCACAGGGGCGUUUCCUUCUCUUUGCUCUGCUGUUAGAAAUUGAAGCAGCUGGAUUGUUGAAGACUGCUGACAGAAAUGCUCCCAUUUCAUUUAUAGCUAUGGAUACAGGUUUUAAGGAUUACAUGCUUCCCACAAGCCUAGAAAAAAAGAAGAGAAAGAGGGGACUUGACUGAAUUCUAUAAAAUCAUUAAUGGUUUAGAUAAGGUUAACCCAAGACACAACUUCAAAUUCAGCUCAGAAAGUAGAACAAGAGGCAAUAAAUGGAAGCCAAAUAAAGUACAGUGGUGUAAUGGAUUUACAAGCAGGUUCUAGGCUGCACAGUAUAACAAGCUAAUAAAGUCGCAAAAAAUAUCAAAGAAAAAAAACAGAAAAUGAGAGACCGUCUGCUGGAAUUACAACAACGUGUAAAGGAGGCUGAACUCUCCAAAGAGGAAAAUAGCCAUGUUGACCCUUCAAGUCAAGGGGAAGAGGUGGUCAUCAUGCAACAAGCCAUCAUUUUUGAAAAGGAGCCCAUUGUGGAGUCCAUCCUGAAUGACGUGCAGCGGAUCCAGGAUGAAAUCAAUGAACUGGAAGAAGACAUCACGAAGUUUAGCCAGCAGCAGAAGACCCUGGUGUCCUCCAUGCGUCGCUUUAGCGUUAUCAAAAAGGAGAACAACAUUACCAGGGACAUCAAGAUCCGAGCCGAGCACAUUCACAAGAGACUGGAGGCCAUGUCUAAAGACGUCAAGCAGACCGGGGCAGACAACGGGCUGACCUCUACAGUCACUAGAAUCCAGCACACCCAGCAUGCCAUGCUCUUCAAGCAGUUCCAGAAGGUCAUGUCCCAGUACAACGGCACUCUGGUGGGCAAGCAGGAGAAGUGCAAGCAGUUCAUCAUCCGGCAAUUGGAGGUGGCAGGGAAGGAGGUGGGGGAGGAGGAGGUGGAUGAGAUGAUGGUGCAAGGCAAGUGGGAAGUGUUCAAUGAGAACAUCAUUAACGAAGUAAAAAUCACCAAGUCACAGCUCUCUGAGAUCGAGCAGCGCCACAAGGAGUUGAUGAACUUGGAGAGCCAGAUGAGGGACCUGCGGGAACUAUUUCUUGAGAUCUACAUGCAGGUUGAGCUGCACGGAGACCAGGUGAACAACAUCGAAGCCAACGUGAGCCACACUCAGGAUUACAUUCAGCAGUCGAAUGAGAAGUUCAAGCUGGCGGUGAGGUACAAGAAAAAGCACCCUUGUAAGGUGAUGUGCUGCUGUUGUUUUCCUUGCUGUAAAUGACAGCUCAGUCCAGCUGCAUGUACAGUACUGUACAAAACAGAGAUGAGGUGGUCUAUGGUUACAAGGCUUAGCCUACUAUUCAUCACGAUGGAAUCUCUUAAGAAGCAGUUGGUUAUGGGAGGAUGACAGUUCCAUACAUACUAUUACAUCCUAUAUUUGCAGUGUCCGGGUGACAACUUGCAUUUUUCAGGGACAUGUGGACAGCCAUUACUUGAAAAUAGGAGAACAAACUGCCACGAACUUUAGUAAUUCUAUAUGUAAAAGAAUGAACAAAAGCACUACAGUAUAAGCAACUUUUGAGAUAUGAGGGACCUUUUUUUCUGUCUGCUAUGUGUUUGCCCAAUUAUCAGCAUAAAUAUUUGUAUUUUAUUAGCUGUUUUAAUAUAUAAUAUAAUAUCUAUCAGAAGGGACCAUUCCUGAACUGUAGCCGUUAUGACAAAUGGUACUGGAUAGGUCAGGCAGUCUGGCUCGGGUCACAUGUUAGAGGCUGGUAAUCUCAAUUUAGUCCUCAGUGGACACUACUUUAGAAAAUCACCACGUCAUUUCGAACAACCAGACGCUGCCAGAGAAAGGACCGGGAUUUUUUUUUUUUUUUUUAUGAUAGCUUGAAUAUGUAAAAGGAUAUUGUAUAUACACUAUGUACACUAUAUAUACACUGGAGAAGUGUGCACUUCAUGGAUGAAUCCCGGUUUCAACUGUACCGGGCAGAUGGCAGACAGCGUG